GGAAGGACCGGACUCUCCCUCAGCACCGGCCCGGCCUGCCUCCGCCUUUUAUCGGCUUAACUCCGCCUGACGCGUCGGCCCGGAGUCCCGCAAUUGGAGUGUGAUUCCCGGGGUAAAUCAAAGGGAGAACAGGGGGAGGACCUCCUCCUCCUCCUCCUCCUCCUCCUCCUCCUCCUGCUCCUGCUGCUGCCGCCACCGUUCCCGUUAGCCCGGACUGUCAUGAGCCCUGUCCGGAGAUGGCGUCCUUCCCCGGUUUGUGUAAGGCUGUCGGACCCGCGGAGGAGGAGAACGGCGAGCUGGACGGAUCCCUGCAGCAGAUGCUGAAGGCCAUCGCGGACGAGCGGAGCCGCCUGAACAACCGGCAGGAGAUCAGCGGGCUCGGCUGCUUCAAAGACGACCGUAUUGUGUUCUGGACCUGGAUGUUCUCCACGUACUUCAUGGAAAAAUGGACUCCUCGACAGGACGACAUGCUGUUCUACGUUCGCAGGAAGCCUUCAUACGUCAACACACACACCUCUGAGGGAAAGAAGGUGGAGGUGGAGGUCUACAGGAGGGACUAAAAGCUCCCGGGCCUCGGAGACCCCGACAUCGACUGGGAGGAGAGCGUCUACCUGAACCUGAUCCUGCAGAAGCUGGACUACGUGGUGACGUGCGCCGUCUGCACGCGCUCCGACGCCGGGGACAUCCACAUCCACAAGAAGAAGUGUCAGGAGGUCUUCGCCUCGCCCAGCAAACACGCCAUGGACAGCAAGGGGGAGGAGUCUAAGAUGAGCUACCCCAACAUCUUCUUCAUGAUCGACAACUUCGAGGAGGUGUUCAGCGACAUGACGGUGGGGGAGGGGGAGAUGGUCUGCGUGGAGCUGGUGGCGAGCGACAAGAGCAACACCUUCCAGGGCGUCAUCUUCCAGGGCUCCAUCCGCUACGAGGCGCUCAAGAAGGUCUACGACAACCGGGUCAGUGUUGCUGCUAAAAUGGCGCAGCGGAUGUCCUUCGGCUUCUACAAGUACAACAACAUGGAGUUCGUGAGGAUGAAGGGGCCGCAGGGCAAAGGUCACGCCGAGAUGGCCGUCAGCAGGGUGCCCACCGGGGACACGUCCCCCUGCGGCACCGAGGAGGACCAGGUGUCCCCCGUGCACGAGAGGGUGACCUCCUUCAGCACGCCCCCGACCCCGGAGAGGAACCGGCCCUCCUUCUUCUCGCCGUCCCUGAGGAGAAAAGUGCCGCGAAACCGGAUCGCAGAGAUGAAGAAGUCCCACUCGGCCAACGACAGCGAGGAGUUCUUCAGGGAGGAAGACCAAGAAGACCUGCACUCGGCCACUAACCUGCGCUCCCGGUCGCUGUCGGGAACCGGACGCUCGCUGGUCGGCUCGUGGCUCAAACUGAACCGAACCGAGGAUUUCUUCCUGCUGUACUCACACCUGACCUACGUCACCCUGCCACUGCACCGCAUCACCGCCGACAUCCUGGAGGUGAGGCAGAAGCCCAUCCUGAUGACGUAGCAGCGUGAGACCUCAGAGCUUCACUACCAAGUGCCUCCUGCCUCAGAGACCACAGCGCCCCCUGGUGUCCACAUGCACACUCAACGUUCUCACACACAGACACACACUCACACACACACACACUAGAAGUCAAACCAGCCGUCCGAGAAGUGCCUCUUCCUCCUCCUCCUCCUCCUCCUCUUCCAGCCUGGUCGUCGCUCUGAGUGGAAACAGGAAGCGAAGAAAAGUCUUUGAGUUAAAAAAAACAACAGAUCUGCUGCUUCAUCACUUUCAGCAGUCACCCAGCAGGGGGCGUGGUCAGAGGAAAGAGGUGUGUUGGUGGGCGGAGUCAGAGGACAGAGGGCGGGGUCACAGACACAAACCAUUUAAGGAAUACUGAAACAAAGCUCAGCUGAAAACAUCCAAACUGUUUUAAUCGAAGUCACUGCUUUUUAGGAAACGUGGGUUUAUUAAAGUCACUAGUCUUAUUUUGACAAACAUCUGAUUCAAAAUGUGUUUUUGUUUGAUGCAGAUUUUUUUUCUGUAGUAAAACCCAUGAGUUAGUUAGUCUUACUUUCCUAUAAAGUACUUUUUUGUGGAACAAAAACGAAAAAAUUCCAAUUAAAUUCUAUAAGGUCAAUUUUUUUUUGUCAAAGUUGCAGAAUUAAUUAUUAAAUUAAAAUAUCGGUCUUCAUUAAAUCAUAUUUUAAAAUGAAUUCAUUGAAAAGUUUGUCAGCAUUCACAUAAUUCUUUUAAAAUCAUAAUUAUAAAAAACUUUUUGACAGAAUUAAAAACAGUCAAGCAACAUCAAGUUUUUGUUUUACAUUUAUUACUAAAGUUUGUAACUAAUUUCUCAUGCAUUUUCUAAAAAGAUAAAAAUUCUCCAGUAAUCUGGUAAAUUCUACUGAAACCGAAAAAAUUGAGUUAAAAUAAAAAGAAAUGUCUUUAUCCCUUAAGAAGCAACAUUUUAAAAGCUUGAAUUAGAAUAAAGUGGGAGACCCCGCCCCGGCUGUCGGACCACCAGGAGGACGAUGAGGAUGAUGAAGACGAUCCGCCAGCAGUUCACUUUUCACAGAUUUUAUAAAAGACACUGGAAAAAAAAAAACAAACAAAAAAAAACCCAGAACUCCCUCACAGGACGCUCGGAGGGUUUCAAGCUUUAUUAUGAAAGGGCGACUCGGACA